AUGGUGGCUGGGAGCCCUGUGCUCAACCAGUCGGGUCCCCCCGAGUUUGUGUUCCGCGCCUUCACCACCGUCCCAGAAUUCCAGGCGCUCCUCUUCCUCCUCUUCCUCCUCCUCUACUUGAUGAUCCUUUGUGGAAACACAGCCAUCGUCUGGGCGGUGUGCACCCACAGCUCCCUCCGCACCCCGAUGUAUUUCUUCCUGUCCAAUCUGUCUUUCCUGGAAAUCUGCUACACUGUUGUGGUGCCUUUGAUGCUUUCCAACAUUGUGGGGGCCGGGAAGCCCAUUCCCUUAGCUGGUUGUGGGGCCCAGAUGUUCUUUUUUCUCACCCUUGGUGGUGCUGACUGUUUUCUCUUGGCAAUCAUGGCGUACGAUCGCUAUGUGGCCAUCUGCCACCCACUGCGCUACACUGUCAUCAUGACCCAGCCGCUGUGCAUUCAAAUGGUGGCAGGUGCCCUUGGCCUGGCCCUCUUCUUGUCCCUGCAGCUCACCUCCUUAAUCUUCACCCUGCCCUUCUGCGGGCACCUCCGGGAAAUCAACCACUUCCUCUGUGAUGUGCCUCCGGUCCUGAGGCUGGCCUGUGCUGACAUCCACGUACACCAGGCCGUCCUGUAUGUCGUGGGCAUCCUCGUGCUGACCGUCCCCUUCUUGCUCAUCUGUGUCUCCUAUGCGUUCAUCACCUCAGCCAUCCUGCGCAUCCGUUCUGGGGAGGGCCGCCGCCGGGCCUUCUCCACCUGCUCCUCCCACAUCACCGUGGUCCUGCUGCAAUACGGCUUCUGUGCACUGGUCUACCUGCGUCCUCAGUCCAGCUCCUCAGUGGAUGAGGACCGCCAAUUUGCCCUCGUUUACACUUUUGUCACCCCCUUACUCAACCCUUUGAUCUACACUCUUAGGAACAAGGAUGUCAAAGGUGCUCUGAAAAAGGCCAUCAGUUGCAAAGGAACAGCUGAAGCUCUCUCAGGGUUUAGAGGAACUUGA